UAGGGUAAAACAAGCCCACCGAGCGUCCCCGAGAACAGGAGAGGGGAGAUAGUGAGAGGACGACGAUGCUUGCAACUGCACUGUAGUCGUUCAGGGAAAUGAAGUUGUCAGUCUGGCCAGCCAUCUGCUUGAAACUAGUCAGUUAGCUAGUUAAGUGACAGCCGGUCAAGAGUAGCGAGGUUUAUAUUCAUAAGCACCGCUACGAUGGUUGUUCGUCAGAGAAUUUUGUAGCCGUAUUUUGUUACGAGUCGGGCAUAGAAAGCGACUGAUCUGAGAUAAGGUUACAUUUAAACGCAACCUAACAGUGACAACAGGAAAGUAGAAGCAACUCGCUAGCCUACUAGCUAAGCUUUAGCCACCGAGCUUCCUCCAACUUUAAAACUACUCCUCGCAUUUGGUCGGUACUAGGUCAUCUCAUUCAGUCAUGCCUUUUCCUUUCGGAAAGUCUCAGAAGAGUCCAGCAGAAAUAGUGAGGAGUUUGAAAGAAAAUGUGGCAUAUAUGGAAAAGCUGGAUGCUGGGGAAAGUAAAAAGUGUGAAAAGGUGGCAGAGGAAGCUUCAAAAAAUCUCGCUUCUCUGAAGGAGGUCCUUUGUGGGACAGGUGACAAGGAGCCUCAGACCGAGGCAGUGGCUCAGCUUGCACAGGAGCUGUACAACACCAACCUUCUCAUUUCACUGAUUGCAAAUUUGCAAAGGAUUGACUUUGAGGGUAAGAAGGAUGUGGUUCAUUUGUUCAGUAAUAUUGUGAGACGGCAGAUUGGAACACGCACUCCGACGGUAGAAUACAUCUCUACACACCAACAGAUCCUCUUCAUGCUGUUAAAAGGAUAUGAGAGUGCAGAAGUGGCUCUGAACUGUGGAAUGAUGCUGAGAGAGUGUCUUCGCCAUGAGCCGUUAGCUCGGACUAUACUCUUCUCUGAAGAGUUCUACUGUUUCUUCCGAUAUGUGGAGCUCUCCACCUUCGACAUAGCGUCAGAUGCCUUUGCAUCAUUCAAGGAUCUCCUCACAAGGCAUAAGCUUAUGUGUGCCGAUUUCUUGGAGACCAAUUAUGACCGGGUAUUUACAGAAUAUGAGAAGCUCCUGCAUUCUGACAAUUACGUCACCAAGCGACAGUCUUUAAAGCUUCUGGGGGAGCUUUUGCUGGAUAGACACAACUUCACAGUGAUGACAAAGUACAUCAGCCGAGCAGAGAACCUGAAGAUGAUGAUGAACAUGUUACGAGAUAACAGUCGCAACAUCCAGUUUGAAGCGUUUCAUGUUUUCAAGGUGUUUGUUGCAAAUCCCAACAAGACUCAGCCAGUGCUGGACAUCCUGCUGAAGAACCAGACCAAACUGGUGGACUUCCUGAGCCACUUCCAGACUGACCGAUCAGAGGAUGAGCAAUUUUGCGACGAGAAAAACUAUCUGGUCAAGCAGAUCCGGGACCUUAAGAAGUCCACAGGCCCCGAGGAAGCCUGAGGCUGCAGAAUGGAGUGCUCCAAAAGUGGUAGAUGCAGUAGUGCCAGCCAGCAUCGAAAGACGUGCUUCUGUAAGGCUUAGCGUUCAUUACAAAAUAUAGGAACAAAGUAAAGAUGACUUCCGUCUGCUUUUUAGUUUGGAUGGGGUUUCCAUACAGCAACCUGAGUGGGCCAAGAACUCUUAUGUAAACGUAGCGCUUCUUACGUGUUGAAUUGUCCAUUCUUGUAUUGUCAGACCUUAAACUGUUACUCUUCCAGAUUUUCCUUUUUGCCAGCACAGACCUUAGAAUGACAACAUCACUCCAUUGGCAGCAUGAGCUCCAGCAGUAAGACAAUGACAGAAACUCGCGUGCGUGCGUGCGGACUGAAAAACUGAGGGGGACAUUCAUGUUCCAAUAUGAUCUCAUCCAACCGCUCUCGUGACACAUCUGAUUCAUUGUCUUAUUGUUCAUUUUCGCUUUCAUUCGAGUAUUUAAACAAUGUCGAAAGACAGCUUCGGCAUGUGGCUCAUAUUAAUAACCUAGUUUGCACAUUGUCGUUCUGCGUGCCUAAUAUGCCGUUUUUAGGCCUUUGUCUGCAUUUUGCGCUCGCGGAGGUCAGUGACGUGAUUACCAAUGCGUUUGCCAGCACAGCAAGAGAAAAUCAAAACAGCAGAGGAAUGAAUUGAUUUGUGAUGGUGGUUUUAGCCAGCGCUCGGCGGAGCUGGCAUGCCUGAAAUGGAAAUGAGGCAUCAGAUAGCGCUGUGGGGUAACACCCAUCCCUGCGCCAUCCACACAAUGACCAAUUGAUCUCACUGGGAAGACCCUGUUCCAUCCUCACAUUGUCAUGUAUAUAGUAUGAGGACCGCACUCAAAUGACCACGCACUAAUAAAGCCAUUCUGAGAUUA